GCAGGCGCACUGGACUGUUCACAUAACGAACGUUAGGUGGCAAUAUCGCUUUACAUGGGCGUUUUAAAAUAAGCUCUACCUCAUAAGUACUGUCAUACAUGGGCUGAGUGUAAACAGGAAGAACGACUUGUUUGAACUGAAAUGCAUUUUUGUGUGUUAAGAAAUAUAUAUUUUAAUUAUUGGAAAAGUUUGUCGCUAGGUCCUACCGCUACUGGGCUGCUGUUUCCGGGGGAUUGCUGAUGCGAGUGCAACCUGUGUGCGUCCCGAUAUUUGUCCGUGUGUGAGAUUUUAGGAGUUUUAUUGAUACAAUGGAUGAAUUUAAAGACUCUAACCUGGACUACUUUCCUGAAAACAUUUUAAUUGAUGUGUUGUCGUAUUUGAGCGUACGGGAACUCGUGAGAGCUGGGAGAGUAUGUAAGAGAUGGAAACGCCUUGUUAAAGACCAAAGGCUGUGGAGACACGUCGAUCUGACAGCAUGGAAAGGGGUAACGUCCCGCAUCCUUUGGCUCCUGCUGCGUCAGUACCUGGGUUGUGGACUGAGGAGCAUACGGCUGCGUGGUUUGCUGCUUUCUGCCAGAGGAGGAACCUUCCUCUCUGAGUCUUGGCUCAAAGCUUUGUCCACUAAGUGCCCUCGCCUAAGUAAGCUCUAUCUACUGCAUGCAGACCUGAGAAGCUUGCCCACUUACCAGAUCCUACCUCCGUCUUUAAAGGUGCUGGAGCUACAUGGGUGUGAGUUGCCUCGUGAGUUUUUUAGCCUGACGCCUGCUUCACCUGCUCCUUCCCAAGCCACUUCAAGUGUUGGUGCUCAGCAGCAAAGAAAGGAUAAGAAAGGAAAAGGGCCUAGCUCUCCAUCAGUGAUUGGAAUUGAAAGGUUAGUCCUUAACAAUGUGCCCUCUUUCACGGACCAGCAUCUGCUGAGUCUGACAUCCUGGGAGAGGCUCAGUCGAUUGGAGCUAAAAGACACCUUUCGUGUGACAGCUAACGGGCUCAGGAGCUGUGCUGCCAAGGACGGUGCCUGUGGUGUGGAAGGGCUUUCGGGUCUCAAGUUCCUGGAAAUAGGCAUCACUGGGCGGCAAGGCUACCAGUUACAGAUGGCUUCCCUUGGGCUAGGUGCAGGAUGGCUCGGGCUGGAAGAGCUGAGUCUGGGUGGUAAGGAGGUGGGCCCAGGCCUGCUCUGUGCCAGCCGCCUGAAGGACCUGAAGUGUCUCUGCCUGUGGGCCUGCACGCUUAGUGAGAUGCAGAUAGUGCGGAGCUGCAGGAUGCUCCGUGGACUCCGCCAGCUGGAGUUUUUGAACGUUGUCUUCCAGCCUCGGCAGUGUCCACCAAUGGCAGAGGGGGAAGGUGGUGCUGGUGCUGAAGAAGAGCAGGACAAUGAAGAGGCCGCAGGUGGAGAUAACAGCAAUGAUGAGAACAAAGUGCUAGAUACAAACGAUCCUAUUCCAAGUUUACGCCGCGCACUUGCUGCCCUGCUGCCGUCCUGCACUCUUGUUUUCACAAACUGCACUGUGCAGAUCAAUACAGACUAAAGUAUACUGAUGUAUACAGUUGGAUAAUUUCUUAGGAAUAACUGCACAGAAAUUAUGCGAUAAGUAAUUGUAUUUUAUUUAUUUUGCGAAGCAUAUAUUUUUGAAAAUAAAUCAGAAAUUCCAAGGAUCAAACUCCUAUCAAUGCAUGCAUUAUCAAAAAAUGCUCUGAGAAAGUCUGUUAAAUAAUCUGCAAGCAUCAUCAACCAGAGGAGGACCACCAGUUCUCAAUAAUGCAACUUAUUUGCCCUCAACAUGAGCUAAAUAUUGAAUUUUAUCCAGGGCUAUUGUUUGUUUUUAUCACUCACAUGUCUUUUCUUUCUGUAUUGGUAGGAUAUUUUUCACUAUUUAUCUUCAAACUUGAAUAAAAGUCUACUUUUAACAAGGCUUCACUGUGAUAAAGUAUGUAUGAACUAACCAGACAAGGAUGUCUGUUGGCUAAUCAGGAUAUGUAAAGGAUAAUUGAAGGACUGGAAAAAAAAAAAAAGAUAACUGACGUUAGUAUUUUAGAAACAUUUCUUACAAAA